AUGGCGCAACGACCCAAUUUCCUGGUAAUUGUGGCUGACGAUCUGGGCUUUUCAGACGUUGGUUGCUUCGGCGGCGAGAUCAAAACUCCCCACAUUGAUAGCCUUGCCAAGAAUGGUUUACGUUUUACGGAUUUCCAUGCUGCCGCUGCGUGUUCACCCAGUCGUUCCAUGCUGCUAAGUGGUACAGACCAUCAUAUCGCUGGCAUCGGCAGUAUGGCAGAAUCCUUGAAGGAGUUUCAGAGGGGGAAGCCCGGUUAUGAGGGCUAUCUGAAUGACAGCGUGGUAGCAUUGCCAGAGCUUCUCCAAGAUGCCGGUUACCACACUCUGAUGUCUGGAAAGUGGCAUCUGGGUUUGACCCCGGAUCGAUAUCCUUGUGCGCGCGGCUUUGACCGAUCAUUCAGUUUACUUCCUGGCGCGGCAAACCAUUAUGGCUGGGAGCCUCAGCUUAUGGACAACGAGUCACUGCCGCGCAUGUUAGGCACAACGAGGCCCUUUUACGUGGAAGGUAACAAAGGAAUAAGACCACAAGACUUGGGCAAAGAUUUCUACUCAACAGAUGCUUUUGCAGACAAGUUACUGCAAUACUUUGAAGAUCGGUCCGCACACAACGACAACCUAAACAAGCCUUUCUUUGCCUACCUGGCCUUUUCGGCGCCGCAUUGGCCCUUACAAGCUCCUCAACAAGACAUUGAUGACUACUGCGGAAUUUAUGACGACGGUCCAGAAGCUCUUCGACAGCAACGUCUUAGGAGUCUCAAAGGUCUUGGUCUGAUUCCUGACGACACAGUCGCGCAUCAAGUCAUCGCAGUUUCGGACCGCGUAAUGUCGCGGCAGUGGGCUGAUCUGAAUCCUGAGCAACGCCAAUUCUCAAGCCGUUCGAUGGAGAUCUUCGCCGCUAUGGUUCAACGUAUGGACACGCAAAUUGGCCGGAUCCUCCAAUACCUACAGAACUCUGGCGAGUUGGAUAACACCUUUGUCAUUUUCAUGUCUGAUAAUGGCGCCGAGGGAAUGCUCCUAGAAGCUGUUCCCGUCAUUGAAGAAAAUGUUUUUGAUCAUAUUGCCAAAUACUACGACAAUUCGCUGUCAAAUCUGGGCAGAUAUAACUCUUAUACCUGGUAUGGGCCGCACUGGGCGUCUGCCGCUACCGCCCCAUCACGCUUGUACAAGUGUUUUACCAGCGAGGGUGGAAUUCGUGUUCCAUUGAUUAUGAAAUACCUGCCUCUAACAGCUGGGAAAGGUGGUAUUGAACACUCUUUCUCGACCGUGAUGGACAUCGCACCUACAAUUCUUCAGCUUGCGAGAGUGAGGCACCCAGCGCCGGACUAUCGAUCACGCACCAUCAACCCAAUGCGAGGCGCGUCCUGGCUUCCUUACUUGAAAGGAGAGGUAGAGAGCAUUCACAAGAAAGACCACGUUACUGGGUGGGAGCUGUUUGGGCGUCAAGCUGUGCGCAAAGGCAAUUGGAAGGCAUUAUAUAUUUCCAAACCAUUUGGACCUGAGAAGUGGCAGCUGUACAAGGUAGAUGUUGAUCAGGGGGAGACGAACGAUCUGAGUGAGACAUAUCCGGAAAAAAUGGCAGAGAUGAUUAAGGAGUGGGACAACUAUGUCACAGAAGUUGGAGUGGUGGGCGCAGCAAUCCAGUACGGCGUUCUGGCAGUAGACGAGAAAUAA